AUGGCCGAUGGUCUGAACCGAGAGUUCGCCUCCCAUUCCAAGAAGCGCCCCCACAAUCUGGUGAUCGGGCGAAUGUACGACUACCACCUGUACGACAUGCUCGAGGUGGGGGUCACGCGCCACGUCAGCAUCCAACAGCUCAAAGGAGGCGGGAAGCUUUCCCCGCAGGUGGGUUUCAAAGAAAGGGGGCCUUUCCUCCCCUUCCCCCAUUUCCCCCUUUCCCCCCUUCCCCCCUUCCCCCCUUCCCCCUUUUCCCCCAUUCACCCUUUCCAAUUCCCCAUUCCCCCCUUACUUCGUUCCCCCCUUUCCCCCCUUUUCCCCCCUUUCCUCCUUUUUCCCUCCUUUCCCCUCUUUCCCCCUUUUCCCCCCUUUCCCCCCUAUCCCUCCUUUCCCCUCUUCCCCUCUUUCCCCCCCUUCCCUCCGUCCCGUUUCCCCUGUUCCCCCUUUCCCCGCUUCCCCCUUUUCCCCAUUCACCCCCUUCCCCCCUCCCCUCCGCUUUUUGCCUUCCACCCUUCCUCCCGUUCUCCCUCACCCCAGGUGGGCUCAAAGCCGUGCUUUUGUUUCAUUGGAACCGAGUUCGACAAUGACCCAGCAGCAGUGCAGCUCAAGAGCCUCUUGCUGGACUAUUUCCGAGGGGAGGUGGCAGCAACAGUCGACCUGGCAGGCCUCGACAGAGUCUUUGUGUGCGCCGCUCAAAACGGCAAGGUCAGUAACGAGGUGUUCUGCAAUUGUUUGAAAUUGCGGCAUGGGGAUGAGAUCCGCAUCUGCCUCAAGCGAUCAGACAAUGGCACCAAGGUCCUAUUUCGCCACUGUGCCAUCCGUUUAAAGCGCUCAGGCACUAAGGUGCCUCGCGUGGUGCUCGUGCCCAUUGGACCGUCCAUUGAUUUUGAGAUCCGACGGACGAGAUUGCCUGGCGAGGAGCUGAGGAAGGAGGCGAUGCGGGCAGUGAAGCUUGGGCAGGAGAAGAAGGUGAGGAGGCUGGGGGAAGGGGAGUGGUUGGAGGGAAGUGGGAACGGGGGAACAUUGGAAUGGGCAUGGGUGCGUGGCAAGAUCAAGAACGUGAAGUCAGACAUAAUCAAGGGCAAGGUGGGGCGCAUCUACAUGCCGAAACAGGAGGUGGGGUCGAUGUCGCUCAUGAAGAUGAAGGGGCUCAAGCGGGAGCGCAGGGAGGCCGCUGCCACCAGGAAGAAGGCCAAGCAGGACGCCCCGGCCAAGGGGGGCGAGGGGAGGGGGGGAGAGGCGGCAGAUGGUGGUGCAGGUGCCGCUCAGGAGUAG